UCGCACACACUGCCGCUGCUGCUACCGCUGCUACCGCUGCUGCUGCUGCUGGUGUUGCUGGUGGUACUGGUGGUCUCGCUACUGGUGGUGGUGGUAGUGCUGGUGGUGGUGGUACUGGUGUUAGUGCUGGUGGUGGUAGUUUUGGUGGUGGUGGUUGCUGGUGGUGGUACUGUUUGGUGGUGGUUGCUGGUGGUGGUACUGGUGGUGGUGGUCUCGCUACUGGUUGUGGUAGUGCUGGUGGUGGUGGUGGUUGCUGGUGGUGGUACUGGUUGGUGGUGGUUGCUGGUGGUGGUACUGGUGGUGGUGGUAGUGCUGGUGGUGGUGGUUGCUGGCUCCCUUCUCCUGCGCUGCUUCGUGCUCUUGGAGGAACGUCCCAAAUCGUCAACCACACGGAGGUCGCGGCAGCAGCAGCAGUGGCGAUGUCCUCCCGCGUGUGGCUCCAUCGCCUCCUGGCGGCAGCGCUCCUCGGAGCCGUGGGAGCCAGCGGACGCGUGCGCUGCUACAGCACCCUGCUGCCCUCCACGGCAGGGGAGGCACCCAACGUGACGCUGUGCGACGAGAAAGACGCCUGCUUCGCCUACUACAAGAACACGAGCCAGGGACUGCGGGCCUCCACUCAAGGAUGCUUCAUGAAGAGCAGCAACGGGUGCGACAGCAAAACGUGCAGCGUCGACUUCACGCUGUUCUGCUGCUGCAGCGAGGACCUCUGCAACGUCGCCACCGCCACCCUGGCGCCCACAGAAGAGGUGACGCCGGCGCCGGUGGCCCCGGGCGGCCAUGCCAUGGUGGUGGUGCUCGUGUCGCUCACCGCCGCCGCCACGCUGCUCGCCGCGCUGCUCUACGCGCUGCGCCAGGGCCACAAGCAGUGGAAGAGGAAGAGGGGAAGAGCAGCAGAAGCCCAGCCUUAUCCCAGCAUCGACACCAACAAACUCAUGCUCAUAGAGCAAAUAGGUCGCGGGCGCUACGGCGCGGUGUGGAAGGGGGUGCUGGACGAGUGCACGGUGGCAGUGAAGGUGACGUCGCUGGAGAACCGGCAGAACUUCCUGAACGAGCGCGAGAUCUACCGCCUGCCGCUGGUCGCGCACGGCAACAUCACGCGCUUCAUCGCCGCUGAGGAGCGCAGCGGCCCUGACGGCCGGCCCGAGUUCCUCGUCGUCAUGGAGUACUACCAGCACGGCUCCCUGAGCAACUUCCUGAUGAACAACGCGAGCGAGUGGGAAUGCUCGUGCCGCCUGGCGCAUUCGCUCACCCGGGGGCUCUCCUACCUCCACUCGGAGAUCGUCAAGAACGGCGACUACGACCAGUACAAGCCCGCCAUCGCGCAUCGGGACUUGAACAGCCGGAACGUGCUGGUGCGCGCGGACCACAGCUGCGUGCUCAGCGACCUGGGCCUCGCCAUGAAGCUGACGCGACGCUCGCCAGUCCAGCGCGGCGGGGACGACGACACCUCCACCAUCUGCGAGGUGGGGACGUUCCGCUACAUGGCCCCGGAGGUGCUGGACGGAGCCAUCGACCUCACGGACUACGAGACGGCGCUCAAGCAGGUGGACGUCUACUCGCUGGGCCUCGUCUACUGGGAGAUCUUCAUGCGGUGCCGCAACCUCUUCCCCGAGGGCCGAGCGCCGCCCUACGAGAUGGCGCUGCAGGCGGAGCUGGGCAACCACCCGUCCUUCGAGGACGUGCAGCACUUUGUGGCGCGAGAGCGGCAGAGGCCCAGGUUCCCCGACGCGUGGAGGGACGACAGCUUCAUGAUCUCCUGUCUCAAGGCGGUGAUCGAGGAGUGCUGGGAGCAUGAUGCCGAUGCCCGUCUCACGGCCAACUGCGCCGAGGAGAGGCUCGCCGAGCUGCAGUCCCUCCGCUCCCCGGGCCCCGCCGCCCCCACCGACACCACCACCGCCGCCCCCACCAUGGAAACGAACAACAAAAUAAACUCGCUCCGCGGGCAGUGCGACGGGCCGCGUUCCCCGGAUGGCGUCUACAUCGAGGAGCCUCGCGGCGACCCCAACGGCCGGGUCAAAUGCCCGGGCCCUCGGGGCUCCGCGUGCGACCGCGGAAGCGUCGGCGAGAGCGGCGGCGAGGGGACGGCCGACGUGGCGGUCUCCUCCCGGACGGAGGCGGAGCGUGGCUCGUCGCCGGUGCCGCCGGCAAACGGGACGCCGGCCGACCGCGACCCCGCGGCCUCCGUGACCUUGCUGGGUGGCGAUGACGCGGUGAAAUCUGGGAGGGCGGGCGACGCGAUCUACACGAGGGAAGGGGGGGAGAACUUCGGGGAGGGGAGGGGGGGAGGGCUCCUGGGAUCGUCCGGCAAGAGUUUCCACGAGAUGGGCCUGCUGAACGGCAACCAAAACACGUACGCGGUGUACUGACGCCUGUGGCGGUCCGCCCCACCUGGUAUUGACUGAGGUGUGGUCCGGUAUUCGGGGUACUUCCAUCAUCUGUAUCGUUUCCCACGGCUCGCCUGCCCGUUCCCGUACGCGGACCGACCAGCUCGGACCCAGCUCCAGGGGAGCCCGGGCCUCCUACUCCCAUGAGGCCUGUGUUGGACACUCGUGGUUAGACAACAGCAGUAUAGCAGCAACAAACAGGUUAAAUGUAUAAAUAUAUACCACCUCAAUGCGACUUCAUCUCACGAUGCUUUUCCGAAAGCGAAUGCUUUAUGAAAGGUGGUGGUGGUGGUGAGCGGGGUGGGGGGACAUUAGCACCGGCGUGCGUGCUCCGAGAUGGUUCACGCACAGAUCGAGGGCAUUCCGUUGGUAUCGUGCCACGUCGAGACACGGAUGAUCUGUGAACACCUGCCAGGUCUGUCUGACCAACGUGCAAGACACUGCAUCGCAGCUCACUUACUCCCGGAGACAUUUAAUACAUUUGCGUUCAUACAGCGCUUUCAGUACAGCUCUGCUCUAUUUUCUUUAAAAUGUUAUCCUUUGUUGUAAUGCAAUGUUUAUUUUUGAGUGCUGGAGGCAAGCUUUGGUAGGUUCAUGGAAAUCUAAAGUGUAUUUUUUAUUAUUUAUAAUAGAUUUUUGGGUCAGAUGGCCUUAGUGAACUCUGUGUUGUGAACCUCCUCCACCCGACAAAGACAAUUCAUAUAGUUGUCAAACAUGCCAAUCUUACUGCUUCAGCACACUGGUGUGCUGGAUACCAUUUUACAACACGCAUUUUACUUUUGCGAUCUAACCCAAAUAUCAAUAAGAAAUUCUAAUUUAUCUUUUGUAUAAGGUAGCUGCUGUUAUACAUAGCGCAUUGUGCGGAAAUUUAUUUUUUUAUCAAGUGUACCUAGAUGGAGAGUGUGCAGCCAAUACACAGCCAAACACAAGAGGUGUUAUUGAUGCAGUUAUUUCACUCGGACAGAGUCACCGGUACCGUGUGGACCAUUCGUUAUUUGUGUCGGCAGAAACAUUGUGGGAUUUACCGCGGACAAGAGGAGAGCGCGUGAUUAAAAUGGCAUGGUGCACGGGGGUAAAUUUAGAGCAAAUGUUGCCAACAACCUUCAGAAACACAUGUGCAUUUACCAACUGUGGCAACUUGCGUGGCAAUGGCGUUGGUCAACUUAAGUUCUGUCUACAGAACAAGAGGAAACUUUUUCAAGUGAAGAUUGCCACAAAAUCGCUCAUACGUUAUGGCCAUUGAUUGCGUCGUGAGAGCGUGUGGGGUCUUGGUGACAAGGUGGGUCUCCAUCCAGCAGUGGCUCGAUCGUGGUUAAUGAUGAGCAUGGUCUUUUUGGGGGUAUCACGUUGGCCUUCCGUGUGGAUUUCAGCUGCAUCCACGAACCGUUUGGAUGCUGGCCUGCAGGAGUUGCCAUGGGUUGCUGCCUUGGUGCCGAAAAGCCACGUGCCGAAAAGCCACGCUAACAUCUGAAUCACUCGGGCUCUCUGCGUCAGCUGUAAGGGGCUGUCCGUGGCCACACGUUGGUCUGUAGUCGUUACUCACGCUGUCAGAGAAUGUCCAGCCUUUGUUUACACACGUUGUCUAUACAGUAACUCAUCUUCAAGAAACUCAUCUCCACUGCAUCCGAUGUUGACUUUACAUGUUCUGAUCAUGGCAUAUAACCUUUCUCAAACUACAACUCCGUGUGCAUGUUGCAUAACUCACGUGUGAUGCACAAUCUCGUUUCCGCCCCUUUUCCCGACAUGCCUCCUUGCACUGGAACAAACUCCCCCUCCACAUGAAGCAGGCAGCACUCCUCCCUCAAGACCCACCUCUUCUCCCUGGCCCAUCCUUCCCUCCAUCCCUAGGUGCCCACCCUAAACCCCGUACCCACUAACCUCCCUCCCCAUACCCAUCCCGAUCCACCAUACCACCUUUAGCUACCCUCAUUGUACCACUCGUCAACGCUUGUAAAGCACCUUGGAUAAAGGCGCUGUAUAAAUAUAAGAUAAGAUUAUGGUUGGAAUAAUUGCUUCUGCCAAUUUGAUAAAUUACUACAAUUCAAGGCCACGAUAUUCUUCCAACGUUUUCUACAUGGUAUGGUACCACUCACGAUGGCUGCAGAAUAAUGUGCGUUAGUUUAUUUAAUUUGACCAGGUGGUGAGAAUCCAAGCGACCAGGACGAGCCUCAUUUGCAAGAAUGCCCUGGGGGCAUCAGUCUGCCAGGAGGGGGCGACGAUUGCUGCCGUGUGUAAAAUCUCAAUUGAGUCAAUUUUCGAUUUUCAGCAAAUUUGGACUGACGCCGUUACACAACGGCCGACUCUUUGCGUUCGGCGUCAGUGGAAUCUUUGAAUGUUCACUGUGAAGCAGGCGGCGUGGAGUAUUCUUCAAGUUGUUUCACCCGCAAAGCGACACCAGUUCCCCCCGCAGAAGCAGAACUACUGUCUUGCUAGAGCUGCGGUUCAGAAGAGAACCCGCUCUCUUAAGAACAAUUGGUGGAGGGAAAGGGUAGAGGACAUUUAGCAACUUCCAGACACAUAAAAAAACUCCCACGACUCCUUCAAAGCAACCAAAGCCAUCUAUGCCCGAUAAACCAAGGCCGAACGCCUCUCUCCGCGCUCCAGUGAUGGGACAAUGCUCUCAAAGCUUUCCAAACUAUCAAUAACGACAACGCGCACCGUCACUGUCACAAGAUAUGUGGUUCUAGGAUUGACCUCAUCAUCCACCACCUCUGUACCCACAAAAGCUGGCCACCAUCGCUGUCCUUGGAGGAUCAUCAUACUCGACCUUGAUGAAUCCCAGGUGGUGAUGAUGCACCCAGUGAUAAUCAGGGCGGCCACUGGAUUCGCACCGCGAAGCUCUGCGAAUCCAGCAAGUGGUGACCGCGUCACUGCCGCCACGUGAACCCAUAACUGUACUUGCACCACAGAUUACAGCCCUUUGUCUAGCCACUUCCAAGUGAAGGCCUCCCCAUGCCGUUUUAGUCAUUGAGGUUGUUUGUGCGGGUUGGUGAAGGGAGAAUCAGAAACUGUUCAGAUGUCACUCGCCCAACGAUGUACGCCGUGGCCUGGAAUCGAACGCGGGUACUGGGUUCACAACACAGUGCGCUGACCAGUGUGCUAUGGCUCUACGCCAAUAAGAAUUUGAAAAAGCAAAAAUCUUACACAUGCAAACUAAACGAUAGUUUUUAUGUUGCUUAGUAAGGCCCACUGAGUUAUGUAGCUAUUUUUCAGAAGUGACCUGGCCACAAAUGAUCGCUCAAAGAAGUUGCUUAUCAUGACGUGGAAAUGUAUAGCAGCCAAAUACUCUAACAGAAUGUUUCAAAAUUGGACCCGGAGAAAAUUUUCACACAACCACGGUGAGAACACGACCUCCUGUAUACCAGAUGAGGGAGUUAACAUCUCGCCACCGUGGCGAGAUGACGUAUCAGCCGUGAGCUUAAGAAUCUGUAUUAAUAGAUGAAUCGAUGAGUCGCUUUAUUCCUUGUAUGAAUUACCAUGUUUUGUUUGCGUUACUGGUAAACGCAAGAAAUGUUUAAAUGAACCAUUUACCGACUUGCUGAACAUAGACAAGUCGACAGCUACCGACACGUCCAGUUCAGCGUGGAAGAGUAGGUCAAAUUCCCUCUAGAGCUCCCGCUAGUGGAGGCCCUUCCUCCAGCAAUGGUGUGAGCUGCAAGCAACUGCAGGGCUGCGCCUUUACCUUUGCGCUGUGUAACGAGGGAAAAUGUUUCCUUGCGGUGACUUCGGGCACCGUGUGCUUUGCACAUUCGCGUUUGCCGAUCGGCAUGUUCGUGAACCGACUUUUGAAACCGGUAACUGGUCCCGAUAACGGUUACUGAUUUUACUGGUUGCCGUUCCACAACCCUCGUAUGAAUUCAGUUUUUACUAGAUUAGAGACUGCACCAUACAUGUCAACGAGCAUGGCUGUACAAGUGUUUGCCUUUCCAAUCCGACUCUCAGCUCCCAACCUUUUACGUUUCAAUCAAAGGUUUCUGAAUCUCGGCAUGGGCAUACCCUUACAAUCCGUAAGUCAUUAAAUGUAAGGCCAAAACCAUUGUAAAGUUGUGUGCAUUUGAGAAUAAUCUGCCAGCAGUAGAAGCUAGGCGACUGGGGAAAUUAUAGGUACAAGAAGCCGGGGGAAGAUAGCGAAUUAAGUAACAGUGUGCAAUUUGAACAUUGGAUGCAAGUGGGAGGAGUAUCACAUGCAAAGCUUUUUUAGCAAAUAUCAUGGACAGAGCUAAAUGGUUGAAGGUCAUGGAUGGCCGACGUCUUUUAUAACGGACGUGGCACGGAGAGAGGAUAGAUCGUGGGAGACGACAGCAAAUCACGAAUUUUUGAGUUCACGGGGUGCACAAUGGGGGGUUUUAUCAAAUAAAAUGUUGUAUUAAAUAACUCCCCAUAGUUGACUCAAAUAAUUAUACUGUGAAGCUCUUGCUAAGACGAGUUGGAGAAAGAAAUGAAGUAUUGAGAUGUUUUCACAAAGCAUGCCUCCAAAUUGCGGUAUUUCAAUGUAGAGUAGCUUUGGCUGGUUCAUAUUCCAAUGCAGCGAAUCCCAAAUGUUGAGAUGAUCUCUAAAUCUCAAGACACUUAAAAAUGUUUCGCACGUGUUGUCUAAAACGAUACUGUUAUACGAUUUGUGUAUGCCUUAUCACCAUGUAUUUUGUAUUACGAUUAUUUAUAUUGAUACACUUUUGUCAUAGCUUUUUAUAUAUUGAUGUACAAAGUUUGUCGGGACAAAAUAAAAGACAGAUGUUGAA